GGCAGGGGCGCGGGGCGCGGGGAUGCGGACGCCGGCGGUGAUGACGCUGGGCCUGGUGCUCGCGCCCUGCGGGCUGCUGCUCAGCCUGACGGCCACGCUGACGCCCGGCUGGCGGCUGGUGAAGGGCUUCCCCGACCAGCCGGUGGACGUGGAGCUGCACCAGGGCCUGUGGGACCUGUGCCGCGAGCAGAGCAGCCGCGAGCGCCAGUGCGGCCAGCCCGACCGCUGGGGCUACCUGGAGGCGGCGCCGGUGCGCGCCGCGCGGGCCCUCAUGCCCUCGUCGCUGGCCGCCGCGGCGCUGGGGCUGCUGCUGGCGGCGCUCGGCGUGCGCUGCUGGCGGGAGGAGCCGCGCUUCGCGCUGGCCGGCCUCUCGGGCGUGGGGCUGGUCGCCGCCGGCCUGCUCGGGCUCGCGCCCGUGUCCUGGUACAGCCACCGGCUGGCCGACCGCGCCGUCCUGCCCGCCGACGCCAGCCCGGCCUCGCUGCACGUCGGCUACAGCCUGGUGCUGGGCUACCUGGGCGGCGGCCUGCUGCUGCUGGGCGGCUCCUCGCUGGCGCUCAGCCUCGCGCCCGUGUGCGCCGAGCUCCGCCGCCGCCGCCGCCGCCGCCGCAAGCAGCCCCCCGGGGCCGCGCGGCGCGGCAGCCUCAGCACCGUGCAGGUCGACUGGCCCGCGCCCGCCGUCGGGCCCCGCGGCCACGGCCCGCACCUGCCCCGCCGGCCCGCAGCCGGCUUCCCCAUGCCGCGCCCGCCGCCCGCCGCCGCCGCCGCCGCCGCCGCCCCCCCGCCGCCCUGCGACUCCGACCUGUAGUCGGCGGCGGCGCCCUCGGACACCGACCCCGGACGCGUGCCUGCGACCGCUUUGGAGGCUGAGCUUCUCCUGGGCCCACACGAGGCUGCUCGGACGCUCGGGUCAGGUUGGCUUUGGGGGUUCCCCGCCGUAGAGUUCAGUUUCCUUCCCCAGAGGGGAGGAGGAUCCUCGGGGGACGAGCUGCUCAUCCUUGAAGCCGGAGGACAUCUGGGAAAAGGGCUCCUUUGUGCACCGUGUGGGCGCGAUGACCAGAAGUCCCAAGUCAGCAGCAGAGGUCCGGAGACCCUUGUAGCACCUGCAGACGCUAUCCGGAAAUGCCACUGAGCUUUACAUCCCCCCCCCCACGCCACCCCCGCCACCCCCGCCACCCCGCUGUAUAAUUUAUUUGCCUGCAAACUCUCAAGAGACCAGUAUACUGGCUCUGUUUGAUUGAAGCUCGUAAAAUAAACCCAGAGCCGCACGA